AUGAGUGAGUUGAAUAAACAUUUCAGAUUUUGAUUCAUAAUAAAAUGUUUUGCAGAACCACCUAUCGUUUUGUUCAUCCUUUUUCUAUGUGUAAAUGUGAGUGGAGAUGAGCAAGAUGAGACUUUCUCGUUGUUGUUGGGACCAAGGAAACCUGCUGGGACGAAUGAGACUCUUGUGGCAACUGGAGACAAGUUGGGACCAUCAAAAACAUCCGGAGGAAAACGAACAACAGCUUCACCUGGAAAACCCAAUCAUGGGUCUGGACAAAAAUCACAAGAACUACCGAAAACAAAAAAACCACAAGAUCUGCCGAAAGGAGGUAAAAAAACAACAGAAGCUCCGAAGAGAAGACCACCAGGGCCACCAGAAGGAGGUCAAAGAACAACAAAAGCUCCGAAGGGAAAUCCACCAGAUCCACCAAAACCACCUGUAAGAGAACCGCCUGGACCAAAGCCUCCGACUGUACAGCCAACAUUGCCACCAACACCACCUGGACCGAAAAAAUCAACAAAAUCUACGAAAAAAACCACAAAGACCUCAAAAGCUACCACAACAACCAUAAAGCCGAGUCCACCAACAACAAAACCUACAACAUCAACUGCGAAAACCAAACCUCCAACUCAAAAACCCACGCCUUCGCCCACAGUUAAGACAACAACUACAACCCCAAAACCAACUGCGAAACCCACAACUACAACCACGCCUUCACCCAAAGUUAUCACAACUACCACUCUAAAACCAACCACAUCUGCUCCGACUACAGUUGCAACAACUACAGCUGCACCAACCAAAACUGCAACAACCACAACUGUACCAACCACAGCUGCAGCAACUACAGCUGCACCAACCACAGCUGCACCAACUUUUCUAGCUUCUCUACCUUUGAAAUGCUCAUCCGAAGAACAAACUUGUCCGAUGUCUUGUGAUGAAUUGAAAAAGGAAGAGCCAAAGCCCACGAAUGAGAUGUAAGCUUCUUUCCCAGAGAUCUCCUGAAGUUAUCCAAAAUUAUCGAUUUUUCUAGGAAAACCUCUGGACUUCUCUUGUAUGUCUUCCUGGCAUUGCUCAUUGUCUUGUUCGUUAUUCUUGUUGCGUUGGUGAUUUAUUUUGCAAUUUCGAAGAGUGAGUUUGGUUUUGGGAAUUUAGGGAAAAAACUGAAAAUUGCAAAUUUUCACCCAAAAUCUGAAACGUUGUUAAAAUUCUGGAUAAUUAUUUUCCGAACUUAAAGUUAAAUUCGAAAACUGUCUAAAAAACCAAAAAUGAGAGGUCGCCGAGAGUUAUCGGGAAUUCGGCCACAGCAACAAACACGCUCCACUAAAUUUCGUGACAUUAGCACACCCGCUCAAGCAACACAAAAAUCAGCAAAACGCUGUAAAAACGGUGCACCCUGUAGCUCAAAACCUAGAUAAGCUUCUUGAAAAACUAAAUAUAGCAUGAAAAUCAGCGCAUCGAGUUCUACCUGACUUGCUACUUCUCUUAUUUUUUGAGGUCCUACGAAGAAAGUUAGCAAUCGCGACAAGACCCAACGCGUGAAAUUUAUCAUGCUCCUUUAAUACUGUAGUGCGAAAUAUAACGGCGAACAGAGAGAAUUAGACAAAAGUGUUUGCACAGUUUUUUUCAUUUGCAGAUUUUUCGUUUUACAGUAGAAAACACUCAUUGCGUGGCUUGAACGGGUGUGUAGAGCGAGUUUGUUGCUGUGGCCGAAUUCCCGACAAUUCUCGGCCACAUCUCAUUUUUUUUUUCUGAAAAAAUGUACGUUCAACUUCAAUUUUUUCCAGAAAAACUCAACGAAAAGCGUGAAAAACAACCAAAAUUGCCAGCAAUUCAAGCACAACUUGCCGCAACUCCAAAAUCUCAAGAAGAAACACCGAAAGAUGUUGGAAUUGAAGGAACUGGAACCGGAGGAGAAGCUGCAAAGAAGAAUGGGAAAAAUAAAGGAAAUGGUGUGAAAAAUAAGAAGAACAAGAAGAAUUCAUUGAAUAAGAAUGUGAAAUUCGAUCGAAACGAUCCGGAAACUCGCGCGAGACAUCGAAAAUAUAUUCAACAAUGCAAACAACAAGAAAAGGAGGACGGCGAUUUGAAGAACUUCAAGAAGAGUGGAACUAUAUUCAUACCGCAUGCUGUUAAUGAUGAUGCAUUUUUGAAGAAAUGUGAGGCGCCAGAUAAUAUUCAGCUCGACAAGGUUUUUUAUGAUCCAAGUGGGAAUGAGGUUAGUUUUUGAAGGGAAUUUCAAAAAACAUUUUGGAUUUUUUAUAAAACAAAAAGAUUGAACAUUUUUCGAAUUUCGUAUUUCUUAUAGAAAAAUUAUUAGAACUUUAUCAAUUCCGAUGAUUAUUCAACAAAAAUCCCAAUUUUUCUAGGUAUUUGACAUUGGAUCAGAUGUCGACAACAUCGAAUUGAACCCAAGCACAAUCGGAACUUCGGAUUUUGACACAACAAGAAAAUCGCUGAUGACACUUCAAAAAACAGCCGAAGAUAAGAGUUCAACAAAUCCACCACAACAUCUUUGA